GGGUGAAUGUUGUGCUAAUAGCCUCCAUAUUAACAACGUCAGAAUGUGCAAAAAUUCUUGGUGUUCUUCCAAUCGCAAAAUCUCACGGCAGAAUUGGCACCGCACUAAUGAGAACGUUAGCGGAAGCCGGACAUGAGCUGACCGUCAUUACUACCGAACCUAUGAAGAAUCCACCAGCGAACUAUCGUGAAAUUCUGCUAACCAAAAUAGACGGAGAUAACGAGGCGAAGGAUUUAAACAUGCUUGAAUUACAAGGCUCCGGUGUGAUGUCGAGCGCUUUCAUACUGAUAAUCAUGUACAGCCAGUUUGCCAAAACAUUAUUUGAGAACGUACUGCAACAUCCGGAAGUUUUGAAAUUUCUGGAAACAGAGCAACACUUUGACCUGGUCAUAACAGAAUCCUUCUUGACGGAAUCACUCUAUGGAUUCGCUCAACACUUCGACGCUCCACUAAUCACCUUCUCAACGUUUGGCAGCUCGAUGUGGACUAAUGAGCUAGUAGGGACACCAGCUCCACUAUCGCAUGUCUCACACUUCUUGCUGAGUUCGACCGAUCACAUGACCUUCUGGGAACGGCUCCAAAACUGUGCGAUGCAUUUAUACGAUCGAGUUUAUUACCAUUUUCUGUAUUUACCAAAACAAAAACUGUUCUACGACAAAGCGUUUCCGAUGGCGAAACUGACUUUUGAACAGCAAAUGCAGAACGUUUCGUUGGUAUUCUUGAAUCAACAUUUCAGUUUGAACUUUCCGAGGCCGUACCCCCCGAAUAUGGUGGAAGUUGGGGGGAUUCAGCUGGAAGAGACGAAGCCUCUGCCCGAGGACCUACAAAAAUUCCUAGACGAAGCUCCGGAUGGAGUUAUCUAUUUCUGCAUGGGAUCCAACAUUAAAUCUGUCCACUUCCCAAAGGAAAAACGUGAUGCCUUCAUCAAAACCUUCGCGAAGCUGAAAGAGCGAGUCUUGUGGAAGUUUGAGGAUGAAACCAUUCCGAAUCUUCCGCCGAAUUUGAAAAUAAAAUCUUGGAUGCCACAAAAAGAUAUUUUAGCUCAUCCGAAAGUGAAGCUUUUCAUCACCCACGGUGGGCUUCUCGGUACCACAGAAGCACUCUUCUUCGGCAAACCGAUGGUUGGAAUACCGAUUUAUGGGGAUCAGAUGAUGAACAUUCGCCGAGCGGUACGUACAGGAUAUGGGGUUCUGCUGGAAUAUCACGACAUUACCGAGACGACGGUUCAUCGUGCCAUCAACACGGUGCUGAGCGAUCCUUCGUAUGCCAAGAAUGCUCAGAUGAUUUCCCAGCGCUUCCGUGAUAAGCCGAUGACCCCAAAGCAAACCGCCGUCUAUUGGACGGAAUAUGUGAUUCGCCACAAAGGGGCCCCACAGCUGGCGUCGCCAGCGAUGCAACUCUCGUUCUUUCAGUACCAUCUGCUAGAUGUAUAUGCGGUGGUGUUCUUGAUGAUGAUAAUUAUAGGAGCAAUUACUGGAUAUUUUGUUAGAAAGAUUUAUCGAAAAAUGUUCAAUCCAAUCAAACAGGCCAAACGCAAAGAGAAGCGAAUGUAAUUGAAUGUAGCACAGCAUGUGAUUUUCAGAAGCCCAAUUUUGUCACUUUUCAGUGAGAAUUACCUGUAAAAGACAACCUGAUAUGCUGUAUAAGAUGCGCCGUUUUCACACGUGAGAAUAAAUUCCAUUUCAUGAAACGUUCUAAGAUCUACGCAGCAAUUCAAUAAACCAUAGCAAUGCUGUGGGCAUUAGACCUGAGUGAACACUUUUAGGUUAGAAUAGGUUGUCCAACCUAAUGGCCACAGUAUCCUUGAAAAAGUUUGAAAACGCGAUUAACAAACAAAC